UCGUCUACAACAUAUUUUGCUUGGAAAUGGUAGUUAUAUAUGUAGACAGUGCAGUGGAGACUGCUUAUCCAGACCACGUGUAGCGAAUGCAUUUUGCAGCGGGCUGGCAGCACCCAGCUCAAGCUUGCCGCCAUGUUUCUUUUUUCCGCGCGACGCUUCCUUCUCCCACUUUGUCGUCGACGCUUCCAGGGUAAAUCUCCGAAUCCCGUUUUCCGUUCCAGUCUUCCUGUUAAUCGUUCUUGAAAAGCUCUAAAUGUCUGGUAAAGGAGAAGGCUGCACCGCCAGCCCAGCUGGAGGGCGCUCCGAUGGGGGCGAAUCGCCGUUCGAUGACCAGGAUCCCGAGUUCCAAGUAGAAAAAAUAGUCGGAAAACGCUUCCUCAACGGCCGUCCCCAGGUCCUGGUCAAGUGGGAGGGCUAUCCACCCGAGCAGAGCACCUGGGAACCGCUCGAGGAGAUGGACAAGUGUCUCGAUUUGUUGAGCAACUUCGAGCGGCAACUUUUUUAUGAGUGCCAGGAGAAGGCGAAGCUCGCAAAGGAAGUGGACCAAAAGCUCCCCACAACUUGCUUGGGAGCCGAGAAACAGGGCGAGGGAUCUUCUGUCCAGGCCAAGCAGGAUGAGGUCGUAAACGAAGAGCCCGCUCCUCUGGUCCCCACCACCUCUUCAGGUAGACCCUCUACCCAGAUCAAGCCGAUCGGGCUUCCACUAUCCAUUGACCUCGUAAAGCAGGAGGACCAGAAGAAGCCAGUGGUAUUCUUUACCCAGAAGAAGCCGGUGGUAUUCUUUACCCAGCGGAAGCAGCUGGCUGUCGUGAAGGGCCUUGUAGAGCAAGAAGAUCAGGAUUAUCCCGCAAUGUUCUUCGGAGGAAGGAAGCCGGGGAAACAGCAGACUAUUGUGGAGCAAGUUGAUCAGGAGCCUCCCAUGAGCUCCUCUAAAAGCGAGCCGGAAGAGACUUCAAUCGCUGAUGGCGUCGGACAGCCAAAGGGUCAGGGGGCUCCCACCACCUCUUCGGCACGCAAGACGGCUUGGGGCAGCAACCAGCCUUGGUAUGGCAAGAAAAAGAAGGCGAGAGGCGGCAAGGCUAAGGCAAAGAUAGGCAAUAAGAAGCCGAGCCCAGCCUCUACCCAGCAGAAGCCGGCGAUCAAGGACGUUGGAAGCGAAGUGGAUACGGCCAUUUUCACGUCGUGUUCGGUAACCUUGACCCAGGCAACCCAGCCCUUAAAUUCACUUCCUGCUGUCACUGCAAACGAGGCGAAAGCCAAGAAACUCAAAGUGACAUCUUACAGGAAGACCAGCAGCGAUGAGGCCUUGGGAGCAGCAGCGCCCCUUUCGUUGGCCUGCUGUGCCGCCAGUGCCGCUGGUUCUCCUGAGGACCCACCAAGGGGAGUAUGGAAUUCCCUGGAAGCCCUGGAGCAGCUGACGAUUAAGGAUCCGAUCCAGAUGGAGUUGGACCAGCUGCUUGAAGAGCUGGAUAGCCGUCUGUCUAGGCCGGCCGGAAACUUGUUUAAUUUGACCAAGGGUUGUGGAAACGGUGGACGCAGCGGAUGCGGCGGGCGCAGGGCGUUCGGAGAUCCUUGGAAGCAGCCGUACCAGGGUGUCUUCGGCUUGGAGCGCGGUCUGGAGAUGGAGAAGGUUCAGCACAGUUUUAAAGUUCGUGGCCUUCUCUUCCUGUUCGUCACCUGGAAGGGCUGCUCCGAAAUGGACACUGUCACUCUUCCGUCUGUCAGGUACCUGUACCCCCAGCUUAUAAUCGACUACCUUGAGACCUUGAAGCGCAAACGUCGCUAAGCAGGAGCCUUUGUAGCUAUAUCUCGGAUAGUAGAAUUAAGAAAUGCUGGGAAGCUGUGUGAAGGUUAUAAAAAACGCUCGUAGAAGUAACGUUUUGUUUUGUUAAGUUGUCUGUGAUGUAUUUUUGAAAACAUUUAAUUUUUUGACAACGAUUCAUAUAAUAAUCCGAGCCUAAAGACAACAUGUAAUGGUCUCUUUUUUGUAAACCUAAAGAAACAAAAAGAAAAAUGUAUACGUGUUGCGUACGAAGGUGUCACAAAGCUAGCAUGUACUGUAUGCAAGAGCAUUUUUGAAAAUAUUCCUCUAUUCGAGGUAGACCCAUGAUAUUUGAAGUACCUACGAACGCUUGUUGUAUUGUUCAUUUUUAUUUAUUUUUUUCGAAUAAAGACGGCAA